AUGGUGCAAGUUCGAACUUCAGACAAUCGACGCUUGGGACCAAAACAGAUUCUUGCUACAUCUGCGGUUCAGAGCCUGAUUCGGUAUGGUAAUCAUUAUGUAUGCCUGGGCUUUGUGAUACUGAUGUUUCUGGUAGAUAUUAUACAAGCCAUUGCAAUACACGACAGGAUUUUUGGACAGACAAAUCCUUCGUUCCACUGAAGACUUGCAUCUCUUCGACGCCAUCGCCGAUCAACCAUCCCCACCAACAUACAUCAUCCGUCGACGAGGUUCUGAAUGGGAGUCAACAAAAAGCCGAUCCUUUGCAACAUGACCCAACACUCAGUGCCCUUGCACAGCUGGGGGCUUUGCAGCUUAAUUGCCAGCGAGCCUUCAUCUCUUUGAUCGACCACCAAAACCAAUACGUUCUUGCAGAAGCAACACGGAGCAUUUCACUCGAUUGUUCUAAGCAGAGCCGUUCCGCGGAUGGGCUUUAUCUCGGCGCCCAACUAAUUGAUCUGGAAUCAGGUGGGCUUUGUUCAAUUUGUCUCCCUUCAACAUCGCCGGCAGAGUUCCAUAUUGAUUUUGAAUUAUAUCAGGCAUUUGUCCGGAAUCGAUACAUGUUUUCAUGGCCGAGGAUAACAGCAGAGACAUAUUGACACCAAACAUCCGGGCCAAUCGCACUUUAUAUACCAUAAACGACCUUUCGAUAGACAAUGCUUCCAAAGAAAAAGAAUUCGUGGUUGGGUGGCCCCAUAUGCGAUUUUAUGCCGAAGUGCCAAUCAAAACAUCAUCUGGAAUACUUAUUGGCUCAUAUUGUGUAGUAGGUUAGUGUCUGUAGCAUUGUCUUCGCUUGAAGGUUCAAUGCCAAGUAAAGAUUCGGGAAGCCAUCGAAGUUGAUAACUGAUCUAUCGAUAGAUAAUAAACCUCGGCGCGGUCUGGAUUCUGAGAAUUUUAGAAAACUCAAAGAAAUCGCCUCGGUUGUUACUAGACACCUUGAAUUGGUUCAAGCUCAUAAAAACUUAGAGCGAUCGAGAGAUAUGGUGAAAGCGUUGGGUUUAUUUGUUGAAGGAAAACCGAGUCUUAGAGAAUGGUGGACUGAUGCUUUUAACGUGGAAAGUGGUUGUACUAAUGUCGAGAGCCUGCAAAGCAAGGAUGGGGAUCGCUCACCACCAUCCGUAGAUGAUCUCACAGUGGCUUCUGAUAAAUUGGAAAACUUUCUCAGAGUGGAGAGCUUUCUUAAAUCUGCGAGCGACUAUGAAUUGCGACCAAAGGAAGCGUCCACGCGCAGUUCAAGUCCAGACGAAAUAAAGUCAACAGCUGCUACGGUUUCGAACAGAGCUCCAGAGAGUCGUGCUGAUUCUUUGGGAAGACCCGGCACCGUUGCAUUGACACCAAGCAUUUCUGAGAUCCCAAAUCCGACGAAGGAAGAGAAAGAUUUGAUUCAACAAUAUAGACCAUCCACAACCAAGCUUGCCCAACAGGACUUGAUGUCGUAUGCAUCAAUCAAAGCACUAUUCUCCCGUGCUAGCCAUUUGAUUCGUGAUGCGAGCGAUCUAGAUGGUAUUCUCUUCGUGAGCGCUUCACUUCAAAAUGUAGAGGUCAAGUACGCCAAAUCAUCGGUAACCACAAAUACACCACAAACAGCAACGACUCCUAGUCGUGUUGUUUCGGACACCCAGAGCAGCGCAAGCGCACAGUCCAGCAGGAACGGUCAAACCAAAGAGGCUCUGUCGCCUGGCUCAUUCACCAUUUCGAUUGGUAGGACCGCCUCUAACCAUCCAGGAACGGACCACAAAUUGUCGACUUGUGAUAUCUUAGGUUACUCAAUAGACAAUAAAGGUUGCGGUGGGGGUUUAGAGCCUGCUGGACACCAGUUGAAUAUACCACAGUCUGUAUUGCGUGGCCUUCUUAGCAAUUAUCCUCAUGGAAACAUAUUUCUAUUCGAUGAAGACAGCUCCCCGUUCUUGUACGAGGACAUCGAUCCCUACUCUACAAGCGGAGAAACUCGAAAACCAGAAUCGGCCUCCAAACGAAGAUUGCGGAAGUUUGAGAGAGAAAAGCAACAAAUGAGAUCUUAUCAGUAAGUCAGUUAUAUAAUCACUGGAUCUGAUCCAAAGUCCAACCAGAAUUUGACAAUUACUCCCUUCUGUUUCUGCAUGUUAGAUUGGCGUUCACUAUGCAAAAAGCGUUCACUGAUUUGCUGCUGUUAAUAGAUUACUUGAUAUAUGCCCAGGCGCUAGAGCAAUCAUCUUUUUCCCUCUUUGGGAUCCUCAAAGGGACCAAUGGUUUGCCGGGAGUUUAGCGUGGACCAGAGACCCGUGGAGGAUCUUGCAUUCUGAGGAUGUCACUUAUCUUGCCGGAUUUGGAAGUUGUAUCAUGGCAGAGAAGUCAAAAAUGGAUGCACUAACCGCAGAUCGGUCCAAAGCAGAUUUCAUCUCAUCUAUCAGCCAUGAGCUACGAACUCCACUUCAUGGUCUGCUGGCCACGUUAGACAUAAUAGAUGGCAUCUCAAGAAACGAUGAAGAAGAUGAAUUGAUUCGAACUAUGACAACUUGUGGGGAGGUUUUGCUCGAUACCAUGGACCACAUGUAGGUUUUCAGAACUCGAUACCUGGGUAAAGAGGGAAACUAGAUCUGACUAACGCUCGAAAAGUCUCGAUUACGCCAGAAUGAGUGCCUUCCGAAAAAAUCAAAUCCCAAAGAGUGAAAAAAAGCAAGAUCCCGGAGCCCUCGUGUUAUCGAAUGGAAUUACAUCCUUUGAUUUUAGCAAUAUGGUAGAAAGCGUUGUUGAAGGAGUCCUGGCAGGCCAUCGCUACCGCAGUGUGGAUAGACGGUCAAAAAGUUCUGUGGUCAUACAGGAAGAUACAAUGCAGCAGAAGAACUUCAAACCAACACCCCCUGGCAUAAAUCCGGAUGUCAUGGUUGUUCUUAACAUACAAAAACAACCGUCUUGGCUCUUUGAGUCACAAAUAGGUGCAUGGAAGCGUAUUCUCACCAACGUUUUCGGAAACGCACUCAAGUACACGGAUGCGGGAUUUAUCAAAGUGUCACUUCGCUUGGAGGCACUUCCAGAGCGCACUCAGCCUAAAGGUGUGGUGUCAGUCGUUCUUGAAAUAGAGGAUACUGGCAUUGGAAUGUCCCGGGACUUUUUGACAAAUAGGCUGUAUAUGCCAUUUGCUCAGGCUAACCCUAUGUCUGUAGGAACCGGGCUUGGACUUAGCAUGUAAAGUGGAACUUCAUAAUGGGAUUGAGAAUAUGCUAACAUCUUUUUUUCCUGGCAGCGUACGGCAAUUGGUAACCGACAUCGAUGGUUGUAUUGACAUUGAGAGCGAGCUCGGUUACGGUACGACAGUCAAAGUCUCUGUUCCUUUAAAGCCAUCGGAUAUCCCAGAUUCUAACACACAAUCGAUCGGGAGUACAGCCAUGAUUCGUGAUAUCGGUGUCUGGUGCCGUGACGUCACGCUGUGCUUAGUCGGAUUUGAUCAGAUCUUAGAUAUAGAAGAGACUCCAUUUGGUAUGGUGAGCAUUCAUGGAAAAAGGCUUGCAGCUGUGAAGGAAUCCAUUACCACACUGGCAAGAAACUGGUUUGGUAUGAGAGUUACAACAGCGCAAUCGAUAGCAGAGUCUGAAGGAGGAAUUCUUCUAGGGUUACAAUCACAAAUCAAUGAAUCCGAGAAGAUGUCAAGACGAGAAGCGCUUAUCGUCUUGGAAGAUGUCUUCAAAGGAUCCAAGGUUUUUAGGGAGGAAGGAACCUUUCAUUUGUCCCAACCGUAAGAUCACAUUUCUCUGAAGAAAUGAGAACAUGCUGACAAAAGUUGAAACUUACAGUGUAGGUCCCUAUAAGCUCGCAAGAAUUAUUGGGUUGUGUUUGGAAUAUCAAUCUUCCUUUUCUGAUACAACAGCAACGCCCUCAACGAGACCCAAGUUUAACCGAGCGCACUCGUAUGGAUUCUCGCAAGUUCUAGUGGGAAGAACUCAAGUCGACGAUGUAACAUCGCCAGCAAUGGAUACUCCAGAUUCUGAUAGAACGAUGGUCGCAAGGCAGCUAUCUCCGAAGCAAACCGGUGAAACACAAAUCUCGUCAUAUCUUAAAGUGGAGAGUGACGAGAGUGGCACACCCAGAAGAACCGACUCUGCAGAUGUUCCCAUGCCAAAAUCGAUGGCUCUCCUCGUGGAAGAUAAUCCCAUAAACCUCAAGGUUUGUUUAUUGAUUGCCAUUUCCUUCUCGGAUUUCAUACCGUGACGAUGCUCACCAAAACCAAACAGAUACUCGUGAACCACAUGAACCGGGCAGGGGAGACGCACACCACAGCAGUCAAUGGCUUAGAAGCUCUCCACAAAUACCAAGCUGGGCAUAAAUCUUUUAAGAUAAUAUUUAUGGGUAGAUAUGUCUUCUGAAAACUUAGCGCCCUGACUAAUUUCAAUAGAUAUUUCGAUGCCAGUCAUGGAUGGGAUUUCUGCAACGCGUAAAAUUCGGCAGUUCGAAAACGAGAACUCUCUUCCCCGUGUGCGGAUCGUGGCUUUGACAUGCUUCUCGUCUGAUGAAUACCAAAAGAAUGCUUUUGAGGCAGGUGUGGACAUCUUUUUGGUCAAGCCGGUGCUCAUGAAGAACCUACUUCCACUAUUAAAGGAUUUAGAUGUAGUUGCGCCUCCGCGUGCAUCUAGAGGGUGUUAG